UUUCUCCGUUGUUUCCGCCAUUCUUAUCUAUCUAUUGCCCAUUCUCUUCAAAAUAAGAUUGCGGUCUCUAAAUUCCUAAACGUUUCCAUCUAAUUUCUCUUCCACUGAAAAAAAAUAAUAAUAAUAAUCCGCCACAGUUCAAAUUAAUUUGUUCGUUAAUUCAUCUCAUUUGUUCGAAAUUUGAUGAUUUGCAUCGGGACCAGCGUUCCGGCGACACAGAUUCCACGGCAGCUCCUUCAGGAGAGAAAGAAGAGGAAGUUAAGGUAUUCCGGUGACAGGGUUUGGAAGCGACCGGCGAAUAUGGAUGCGAUCGGCGUGGGAACGGCGAGGCCGGUGAUGCUGACUUCAGGAGCGAGCGGGCGGGUUCGGGCUCUGUUCUCGCUCCGUGCCCUAAGGAGUCUUCAGCUGAUCCUCAAUGGGAUCUUGCUUCUCCUGCUGCUGCCGUUCCGGUGGCGGACGAUUUUGGUUUCGGCAGAGGAGAAGCAGGAGGCUGCGGUAUUGGUGGGAAGGAGAGGUGGGGAAGAGAAGAAGAAAUCGGUUGUAGUUAGGGUUCCGGCGGCUAUGGUGCCGCGGCGACCGAAGGAGCUAGAGGUGGCGGCGAGGAGGGCUAUGGCUAUUAGGAGGAUCGGAUUGCGGGAGGAAGGAGAUGAGGGGAGGAGCGUUAGGAAUUUCGCCAUUUUUACAACGGAUCGGGGCGAUACGCUCUUCACGCAAUCGUGGACGUCCGUUUCCGUCCGAACCAAGGGAUUACUGGUUCUAUUGCAUGGCCUGAAUGAGCACAGUGGAAGAUAUAAUCACUUUGCAAGGCAACUGAACGAAAGUGGAUUAAAAGUUUAUGCCAUGGACUGGAUCGGGCAUGGUGGAAGUGAUGGGUUGCACGGCUAUGUCCAUUCUCUUGAUUAUGCUGUCAAUGACCUGAAAGCCUUUUUGGACAAGGUUUUAACGGAAAAUCAUGGGCUACCAUGUUUUUGUUUUGGACAUUCAACAGGCGGUGCUAUUGUUCUAAAGGCCGUACUGGACCCUAAGGUAGAAGCCAGCGUGAAGGGUGUGGUGUUGACAUCUCCAGCUAUUCGUGUUCAGCCAUCUCAUCCAAUUGUUGCAGCAUUAGCGCCAAUCUUCUCGCUUUUUGUCCCAACAUACCAAUUCAGUGCUGCAAAUAAGAAGGGACCACCUGUAUCUCGUGAUCCUGAGGCCUUGAAGGCUAAGUACUCUGAUCCUCUUGUAUUCACUGGCGCCAUUAGAGUCAGAACUGGAUAUGAGAUUCUUCGUAUCUCCUAUUACUUACAGCAGAACUUGAAGAGAUUAACGGUUCCUUUUCUAGUCCUUCAUGGCGCUGCAGAUACUGUAACAGACCCUGUUGGCUCUAAGAUGCUAUACAAGGAGGCUUCUUCAUCUGACAAAAUCAUCAAACUUUAUGAUGGUUUCUUGCAUGAUUUACUCUUCGAACCUGAAAAAGAAGAGAUUAUUAGUUACAUAAUCGAAUGGUUAAGCUCCAGACUUGAAGCAGAGCAAUGAGCUUGAAAAAGAUGCAAGUGGGUAGUUUCUCAACAUUGAAAGGUUUUCCAAUUAACAUUUUAUUGGUAAAAUUUUCAGACAUUAUGGGAAACAAGCGCUAGUAUAUAUGUUUAUAAUUUGAUAUUUAUUGAAGAAGCCAGCAAUCAAUGGCUGAAUUGCUGAUAAUUUAUUUGGAAACUUCAGAAAGACUUCAAUUAACUUCUCUACAAGCUGGUACCAAUUUUUAGAUGGAUAUUUUUUCCUGAACGAAUUAUGGUCGUUGUAUAUAGCGAAUUCUGCUAAAGCAGAAGCUCUAUGCUUUGGUUCUUUGUAUUUUCCGGAUCAGUGCUUUUCAACUGAAAAGGCCAAUCUGACAUUCUAACCAAUGUAAAAUGAUUAAUGAUGAAGCUAUAUAAGUACUGUAUAUUAUUUUCCUUUGUUGCUUUUCAUGCACAGAUUAAAGGCUUUUUAUA